UUCGACUAUUUUGGUCCCUUCAUGUAAAGUACCUUUUAGCUCAAACAGUUCAUUCCACACUGCGAAAGAUACAAAGAACCGAGUGAUCAUUGGCAAUAUAGUCUCCCUCAACACACACUCUAGAGCUCCUCACUAUAUAACAGCAUGUAAGCCAUCAUCUCGACUCAGAUGUAGAGCAAUCAGCCUACCCGACGUGUCUUACUGCUGUGAUCAGCAACCGACGAUUGCAACCAUGUCUCGACCUCAAUCCCUCUCGAAGGAGCAGCAGCAGCAUUUCGGGCCUCAUCCAAUCCCGGUGCCAGGGCCCCAGCCAGCAUCAUGUCAUCUCCUGCGAUUGCCGACGGAGUUACACGUGCUAUUUGCCAAGGCGAUGGAGCCCCGAGAUCUCAGCAGCUUCACACGAACCUGCCGAUUGCUCAACAACACCCUGUGGUCAGAACUCCGAGAGAAGGUGUACGAAUACGCUUCGACGCGCUAUACGUAUUAUGUCUCUACCCAUGAGCGUCGAAUAGAGCACGAGCAGGAGUUCCUGCUGUGCCGCUUCUACAACGCCAUCGUGGGCCGUCGCUAUCACGCAGUGCGCGCCUUCCUCGAAGCCGGCGUCGACCCCAAUGGCGGGCGCGGAGACAGAGACCCCUGCUCCCAGGCGCUGCUGCACCUGGUCGAGGGCGGGGAUCUCGCGCUCGCCGAGCUCCUGCUCCAGUUCGGAGCCGACCCCAAUGCCAUGGGCGGUAUCGCCCACUCGGGCCGGUACAGUCCGUUGGUUCUGGCUGUAGGCAAGCUGCACUAUGAUAUGGCCCAGCUCCUCCUGGAACACGGAGCAGAUCCCUCGAACGGCUGGCAUUGUCCACGUACGAAACUGCCCAACAUCGACUUGGCUGCCGGAUUCUUUCGUGAGGAGAUGGGGAAGGAGGAUGGCAUGGGCCGUGGUAACACGGCCAUCCGGAUCAUCGACCUCCUCUUGUCGCACGGGGCGCGGUUCGGUGAAUUGGACACAAUCCCGGUCCUGUUCAGCGACGGGUUCGAGCACGGCCGGGCGCGUCUGCAAAGGGCCAUCCGCAACGGCACCAAUCUGGGCGCCGUCACCGUCCCGCAUCGCUGGAGGCUCUUCUGCGAUUGGGACUUGGAAAUGCUCGAGGUGUUGGUGGAUCUGGCGCCCGAGCUCCUCGGAAACGGCGGCCACGAUGCGUGGUCGUCAUGUCAUCAGGCGUUACUUUAUGGGAGGCCUGAUGUCGCGCUGAGCAUGAUUCGAAGUGGCUGCUAUCUGGCCUUCCCGGCAGUGCUGUGUGUGGCGAUUCUGGGCGGUUAUGAGGAGGUGGUCGAGGUGCUCUUGCAGCGGCCUGAGUUGAGACAUCGUAGCCGUGCUUGGAAAGUAAGGUCGUGGGCGGAGGCGAGGAGGCGCGACCGCAAGCCGCGGAUGGGACCACUAUGAUCACUGAUCGUGCAAUGAAUGAGUUGGCGACUUUCUUGAGUAGGCAUUGCCAGCGCCUCCUUCUCCUUCUUUUCAACGAUCCUGUGAAGACUAUUUAUUAUAAGCAAGAUUGUUUGAGCGGACACGCUUGCUGACGUCG